AUGUUAACAGGUCUAAACAGAUGUGGAAAAAGUUGCAGGUUGAGAUGGUUAAACUAUCUGAGACCCAAUAUCAAGAGGGGCAACAUAUCAGUUGAAGAAGAAGAUUUGAUUAUUAGGCUUCACAAACUGCUAGGAAACAGGUGGGCAUUGAUAGCUAAGAGACUUCCAGGGCGAACAGACAAUGAAAUAAAGAACUACUGGAAUACUUGUUUGUGCAAAAAAGUUAAUCAUCACAAAAAGGUGAAACCAGAAACUUCAAUGGCGCAACCGACACAUUCGACUCAGAAUACCGAGGAAAAAGUAGCAGUAGAGCAUAAAGUAGCCACUGAUGAUGGAAAUGGAUACUCAGAAGUUAACUUUGAUUUCAACGAAUUCUUCAAUUUCUCCAUUGAAGGACUCUAUUCGUUCGAUUGGUUCAGGAGUUCUUAA